GUUUUAGUCUAAUGUUUAACAAUUCAAUAAUAUGGAUCCGCACAGAAAUAAAACCAUUGAUUUUUACCUAGGCGGCUUAAACUACCUUGCUUUGAUUGUACGUAUAUCCAGUGUGUACGGAGCAGGUAUGGCUCCAAUACUUUGAUAACAUCUGUAGUUUUUGUUUGACAGAUAUGCAUUAUAAAUACUUUCAGUUUGUUUUAUUUCAUUUAUCUGUGGCCUUUAUCUAACGAGUCUUUGAAUAAUUGCGUUGCCUUUGGAGUUACGGUGUUAAAAGUAAAUGGUUUAUAUUGAAGGGAUAUACUUUUAACAAUUCUGUCACAUAGUGUCUCAGACUUACUUAAACUCAUCGACUUCAACCAUUUGAGAGUUUAAAUUUAAGGAUUGUAAUAAGAAAUCAUCAAAGCUCGUAUGAUAAUAAAAGCAAAUGACAUUACAACAUUAAGUGUGAGUGUAGUUCUUGUUGGGAUGUAGACUGUGUUUCGGAUAUACCCUAUUACCGGAUAAAUGUGGGAGCAGCCUGGAUCAACUAUGAUAGAGGAUGUAUGAUGUUAAAUAUGACAAGCUUACGACCGUUUUCCUCACAUCGCUCGCUCUUUCGACAUGUGCUGCGUGUGGUAACAACGGCAAGGACAGUUCCAGCUGCUGGUACUCGCUCUGGUACAUAUGGUUCGUGUUAGGCCUAUUCGUGGUGGUGAUUCUGGUGCUCGUCGUGCUGUACGUUAAACACCGAACAAAGGAGCGGAAUAGGCAGCGACGGAGAAGAAGAAGCACACGUACUAUUCCAAUCCACAUUGUGCCUGCGGGGCCGCCCUCCUACGCCGAGCCGAGCCAUAAACCGCCAUCUUACAACGAAGCAAUGCAGCAGACGAGAAUUUCCUCUACCCACAAUCCCCAGCUCACUUCCGCUCAAUCCCAGAAUACCCAGGUUCCCGGCAUUAUACCGUACUAUAACGACGAUUAUGGGUACCAACCACCGCCGACCAGUAUGCGGAUGGUGUCGGCGAUUUCCGGUUCGCCCCAGCCACUUCCGCCCUCGUAUGACGUUGCCAUGAUGGAUCGAGGUCAAGGUCACAUGAAUAUGGUGAAUGAAGGUCAACGCGGUGUGUUAGACCAAAGUCAUGGUCACGGUCGACCAUCCUGAUGUUCUACGGCAAACUUUUUUACAUGUGAUAUAGGGGGUGGGUAACUCAGUAUUGGCUCUAUGGUGAAAGGUGGUUUUUGUGGAAUGGCAUGUUCUGCUCAAAAUCAAAACUGUGCAUGACACCUUUAUUGUGUGAAAGACAUGUUUUUAGACAAUACUUGAUUUUCAGAGAAAUGUGCCACUUGUUAAGACAUAAUCUGGAAACAAUAUUGAUUUAAUAUGGACGUUACGAUGUUUAUUUUCUGUGACAUGCAUUAAAAAAAAACUUGACUAUGCUUAUGCGAUGUACAUGUAUGUAUGACCAUUAACCUUUUUACAACUUAACUGCUAUAAUCAACUGUGGAAUUUUCAUCCGUUAUGUUUGUAUUGUACUGUUUGCUUGAUUCACAAAGACAAAAUGAACAACUUGUUAUGAAAAUUGGGUCAAAUUGAUCCUGGAUUUUUUUUUUAAGAUUGUGUUCAUUCCAGGCAAUUAUUAUAUUUGAUAAAGUCAAUGUUAAAGAUUUAUAGAAUGUAUUGACCAAAAUAACUCGUUUAUUGUGGGCAGUUGUAUAACCAUUUAUUUUGGUAAGUACAUACGUAUUACUGUUUGAGUGUUCCCGAUUAUAUUUUGUCUACUGACUAGGCUUAGUCUAUUUAUUCUACCGAUUCACCAGAUUAAUGUCAUUAACAGUAGACUGCUGACUUAUUAAAAUAAAUAUACAGCAGAUUUGAAGAAAAAUAUACUGUCGCUCCAUUGGACAAAAUAUAAGUUCGAACACUUUUUAUAGCUGUGCACUCCAUUAUGUUUCUGCUGUAAUUGCCGAGAAACAGUAUUCUCUAAUGAGCACAUUAUUUAUUUAUGACCAAGUAAAUGGUAAAACUAUUACAAAUUCUACUCAUUUGAAGGGACUCACAGAUUUAUUGUUGGCAGCAAUUUCUUUAACCUUUGCUGAAAUAGAGUUAUGUUACUUACAUUUAACGAACUUUGAACUUUUUUGUAUACUCCAUACAUCAGAAGACUAAAUAAAGUACAAAAAUGAAAUACAGACAAGAUGACCAAACAAUUUUGAGCAUGGCCAUAUUUACAAUGUACACACAAUCUGCAUUAUUUUAAAGGAAUUACCUAGCUCUUAUAUGAUGCUUAUCAUUGAAACAAGCAUUUUCUGUACAUUUCACGCUAUAUUUUUUAUCUUUGUCUAACUCUAUAAAAUGUGAGGUAGUCCCUUUAAAGAAUAAAAGAUGAGUUAUGUAAAUUGUUUCCUAAUUUCUAAGAAUCAUUCAAACUCAUGUAAAUGAUAUAUCCUUUUCAUUUUUAAUUUAUCAAAAUUGUAUUGCAUGAACGUUUUAUAAAGUAUACACAUAUUUUCACUACAAGAAAGCAUAUUGUAUAUUUUUCCGUCCAAUUGUGUCUCCGCCUUUAACAUAUCUGCCAUAUAUUUCAAAUUCUCUUCAUGGCGCAUUUAUGUCGUAAACUUUGUAUAUUAUAUUCAAUACCUAAUAUCGAGUGAUAUAAUCGAAAGAAAUCCAACUACUUCUAUUUUUGAUUUCACUUAGAAAUUAUAAGUCUUUCGCUUUUAUCCAUCGAUAUCCAAAUUUCUUUUCCAAUAUUUUAUCAUCAUGUAUAUUUGGUGGAUACUGUCCAUGUAUUCGUUUCUAGUCAUCUGUGUCCAUAUUUUGUAAUUCCAAGUCAAAGAGAUGCAUUUUCAAAACUGUUCAAAAGACGCAACAAUUUUUUAUUCUUCCAAUGAGUGUGUUGUUUUGUGAUUAAAUGUUUUAAAAAGAGACCCAUGAAAUGGAUUUUUUUUCAAUCACUUGUUUUCUUUACUGUUCUUUGUUAAUUUAUUAAUACUAAGCGUCUUAUAAAUGUUGGCCUGCUAUUGUGUUGUAUUAUUUCUAGCUUGACAUACACUGUCACCAAACUUUGUUCUGUGUUUGUGUUGAAAUAUUGCUAUAAAUGUGAUGUAAGAAGUAUGUUUUUAUGAUGAAUGGUUGUAUAUUUCUAUAACCCCAUUCAGAAGAUUGAUUAUCUGUUAUGGAUGUUUAUAUUGCUGUACAAAGCAACACUGUGAUAGUUGAAUAAAUAAAGAAUUCUGACUUGAAAG